AUGAAGAUAUCUUCUCCGCCAGCGAAGCUCACAUCAGAACCUACUCUUGCGACCUCCCACCUUCGAAGUUCAAGCUUCCCCCCGCACAAACCACCCGACAUCCAGAGCAAGUCGAAAAGCCAUAUAAUCAUGACACUCGCAGACGAACCCUCGCCAGCUCCUACAAACACAACCACAACCGACUCCCUCCCCAGCGCACCCCCAACAACUGCGACCAACCCCCUCACCUCCCCACCUCCCAAAAUCACAACCAACUCCGUCCCCAUCUCCAAAACAGCCGGUCUCCUCUCCCUUGCCACCCAUGCGCUAAACCACAUCACCUCGCCAGACCAGCGCGCUCUACUCUCCCCCGAUGAGCUCAAGUAUGCAGUAGUGCAGCUCACCCUCACAGUACAAGCCGCGGCGAAGCUCGCGGAGGCUGCGCGCUUACAGGAACUCCACGGCGAUACGGAGCGCGUGAAGGGCGAGACAGAACGGUUCAAGGCGGAGACGGUAAAGGUGAAAGCGGAGGCAGAGAGGGCCGUGGUAGAGACGGAGUUGAGCAGGGCAGAGGCAGAGCGGAAGAAGGCCGAGGCGGAGGGGGCGGUGUAG